AUGCCUCACAAGCACAAGAGACGCCAAAAUGACAAGGACCUCUACGACCUCCCCCCGUCACUAGUCGCAAAACCUCUCCCAGCGCGAGACCCCAACGCCAAAUCCAAAGCCACCGGGAGGAAGAAGAAGGAGGAACAAGAAAAUCUAAAACGGAAAUAUGAAACCAAGCAGAAGGCCGGACAAGAUGAUACCCCGCGAGCAUUCCGUCAGUUGAUGCAGCUCCAAGAACGCGCGAAGCAAAAGCAACAACCGGCCACCAAGACGGACGGCGCAGAAGGCGGCAAGAAGAAGAGAAAGAGAGGUAUAGAGGAUAGACAAGAUGAAUCGACACCGAAGAAGAACGCUGGUGCAGCUGGUGCAGCUACGGAUGCCAUCGCCAGCGCAACCGCCGCAAAGUCUGAAUCCCAAACCGGUCCGAAAAUCCUCCCUGGUGAGAAAUUGUCCGACUUCUCCGCACGAGUUGAUCGCGAGAUGCCAUUAUCCGAAAUGAAGCGAUCCACCAAAGCAACCCCGGGCGACCUCCCCAAGAUCCGCGAACAGCGUCUCACCAAACACGACAAGCGUCUGCGCCGGCUGCAGGCACAAUGGCGCGAGGACGACGUGAAGAUCCGCGAGCGUGAACAGGCUGAGCGCGAGGAACGGGAGGCGGAAAUGGAGGAGCAGCUUGAAUUGUGGAAGCAAUGGGAGACGGAGGCUGGAAAGGCAAAGGCGAAGAAGAAGGCUGAGGCGCAGAAGAAAAAGAAGAAGAAUAAGGGGAAUGCUGCUGCUGCUGAUGAUUCGGACGACGACUAUGAUGGCGCAGAUCCCUGGGCUAAAUUGAAUAAUCCGGAGCGCAUUAAUAGGCAGAUGAAUCCUCAGGAUGUCGCGCAGGCACCGCCGCAGUUGACGAAACCUAGAGAGAUCUUCAAGGUCCGUGGCGGUGCCAAGGUCAAUGUUGCAAACGUACCGACUGCUAUGGGAAGUUUAAGGCGGAGAGAAGAACUGGCCGAUGAGAGAAAGAAUAUCGUGGAGCAGUACAGACGACUUAUGGCCGAGAAACGACAAUAG